AUGACCUACAUCUCAAAUGAUCCCGUUUACUGGCCAUAUAUCAGUGUGCAUAUUUUUGUAAGCUAUUGUAUAGUUGCUGCCGGCAUCGUGGUGGUAUACGACUGGGUCUUAACACUCGGACAAGAGAUUGAACUCAUCUGGAGACAACGCUGGUCUCUCAUGACUGUGCUGUAUUUGAUUAUACGCUAUAUUGGAAUACCGUAUUCUGCUACCAGUGUUCUGCGAGGUGGUAUGCCAUCGGUAUCGCUGACAGAUGCAGGGCGAGUGAGAUUCCAACCAUUGAACUUGCCUCAACAUACUGACUCAAUAGGCAAUAUCACGUACUACGUAAUAAAUGGUACAACUGUGGCCUUGACUGUCAUGUUGGGCGCCAUCAUGAUCGCUCGGUUGCAUGCCAUGUAUCAGGGAUCCAGAAAGAUGUUUAUGUUCCUUGUUAUUAUCUUCCUGGCUGUAAACAUCGCCUGCGGAGUGAUCGCGGCAAUAGGACUCGACGAUACUACAGCAGAGGAGUUGAUACUCUUUGACAUAUACUAUAUGUGCGAUUAUGGACUUGAUCAGGACGAGCAGCUUCUGUUUUCGAUGCUUUGGAUGCUCAACAUUGUUUGGGAGGUCCUCGCACUGUGUCUUUCAGCCUGGAUUGCUGUGAAACACUUCCGUGAGCUACGACGACUCGGCCCAUCGACAGGAUCAACCAUCGGGGAUUGUUUCAGAGUGCUGGUACAAUCUCACGUUCUUUAUUUUGCAAGUUUUGUUGGUGUCUCUUGCCUCCAGCUUGGCGAUCUCUCUCCAGAAAUCUCGAAUUCAAAUUCUAUUGGAGUUCAGAUACUCGCAGGUGCUCUUCAAAUUUUAUCGUUCGUGCAGAUGUUUGUGCUAGGACCACGCCUCAUCCUGAGCGUUCGAGAAUACCAUGCCAAACUCGUGGCAUGCUCUGACGCAGGAACUAGCAUGAAUUCGAUUGUUCUCCAGGAGCAUGUACAUGUAUCAACUAGCAGUACUGUGUAG